AUUUUCUUCUGGAUUCUUGUGUUAGACACUGCAAUAAUAGGGAGAAAAAGAAUCUAAAAAGAAAAUAAACAAGAGAGAUGGGGAGGAGUCCAUGUUGCUCCAAGGAAGGACUGAAUCGAGGAGCAUGGACGGCAUUAGAGGAUAAAAUUCUUACUGCUUACAUUAAAGCUCAUGGCGAAGGCAAUUGGAGAAACCUACCCAAGAGAGCUGAAGAUAAUUGUGUUGUAGGGUUGAAGAGAUGUGGUAAGAGUUGUAGACUUAGAUGGUUAAACUAUCUGAGGCCAGAUAUCAAAAGAGGUAACAUUUCUCAUGAUGAAGAAGACCUCAUUAUUAGACUCCAUAAGCUUCUUGGUAACAGAUGGUCUCUAAUAGCUGGAAGGUUACCUGGGCGAACAGACAAUGAAAUCAAGAACUAUUGGAACACUACUUUGGGAAAGAAAGCGAAUGCUCAAUCAACUAAUUCACAGCAAUCAAAAACCAAUUGUAAACAGGGAAAGCCUGCUGCUGAAACCCACAUGACCAACAAACCAUCAACCUUAUCUCAGCCAACAACCCAAGUCAUCCGCACCAAAGCUACUAGGUGCACCAAAGUUUUCCUCUCAUUGCCGCCACUUCCAUCACCUGAAGUUAACACCAUCGACCUCAACCCGGCAGCCGUAUACCCAGCUCAGUUAUCCUUGGCUAUUCACCAUCCUUAUCAAGAUUCUGAAUAUUUUUCAGAAUUCAACUGUAGUAAGACUAAUGAGCUGGAGCUUCGAAGCUGCCAUCUUUAUCAUUUAGAUAAUUUACUGAAUCUUGACUGCCACCAAUUUCAACCAAGGGAUGGAGAUGUUGCACCAGUCAACUCUGAUAAUAAUUACCAGGAGAGCUUUUCCAUGAAACCCAAGCAUCAUGAUCAGUCGCCUCUAGAUCCACACUUAGAAGAGCCGCCCAUGUUCAAGGACUGGACUACAAGUGCUGCUAGUGCUAGGCUUGGAGACAAUGCCAAUUUGGACUUUGAAUCUUUGGCAUUCCUGCUUGAUUCUGAGGAAUGGUCAUGCCAAUAAUAAAUUAGAAAAACAUUAAUUUCUUGAAAACAUAGGACUACUCUCAGAUUAUAGGUUUCAUGCUGCCUUUAAGAAAAAACAUUUAGGUUUCAUGCACUUUUUUAUAUUUAUUCAUUUUGUCAAUAUACUUACGUUGCAUC